AUGCCUUCACAAGGCGUGUUGUCUUUGAAAGGCGUCCUGCCUUCGCAAGGUGUGCUGCCUUUGCAAGGUGUGCUGCCUUCACAUGGCGUGCUGCCUUUGCGAGACGUGCUGCCUUCGCAAGGUGUGCUGCAUGCUGCGUUCGCAAGGAUCCUGACUGAGGAGCAGAAACAGACGCUGGCUGGGAAGCUGAUCAUUGCUGCAUCACAGGGUCAGACCGGCCAAGUGCGGGCACUCCUGGAUGCGGGGUCGCCAGUCAACGCGACACACGCCAGUGGCGACACUGCCCUGCAUGAAGCAGUGGUGAAUGGCCACGAAGAAACUGUCAAGUGCCUGAUUGAUGCCGGGGCAGAUGUUAACGUCAGGGACUCGGAUGGGAUGACGCCUCUGCACUGGGCUGCAUGUAGAGGUGGCGAGCAGCACAUUCUAUGGAUGCUACUGGCGGCAUCAGUGUGUGUGUAG